AUGCUUGGUCGUGCUCGCGCCUUGUGUUCUCAGGUGUCUCGUCGCCUCCACCCGGGCAUUCACUCUUCCGUUGGUACCACGGGUCCACGCCUCUUCUCUCCCCCGCAGGGCCCCGCCCCGAUGCCCGAUGCGCGGAUGGUGGGCCUCGGCCAAUGGCGGUGGGAUGUUACCGUUCAGGAACGAGUCGCUUGUCUCUGGAUGGCGAUCCCCGAGGGGGGUUCUUCUCUCCUCCCCCCACCCUCUCGUUCUCGCAUGCACGCGCGCAUUACUGGCGUGGCGAGUCCAGAGCAAAAGGGAGGUGUGAAUGGCCACUUUGAGAAGGGGACCGAAAAAGAAAGACUAUGCAGCUGGGUGAUUCUGCGGUUUCGUGGAUCUUUGACGGCGUCGUCAGCCGACAAGUUCGCGUGGGUCGGUCUGUGCCACGAGUGA